AAAACCGGUCAUCACGUGAAACUAAACUCUUUCGUCAGACAACAAACGCUAUAAAAUGAUUGAAGAUGUCGAGAAAUGAUCAUUAAACUAAUUUGAUGUGGGCGUCGUUCAGUACUUUCACUUGUGUUUUGAAAAGUGAUUUUCAAGAUUAACACAAUUUCUUCAGCUGUCUUACGAUCUUCCAAAUUUGUGCGCUGUAAAACUUGUCGGACCGAGAGGUCGUAUGCUGAAAGGAUGGAACUUGGCGACUAUCAAUUUCUAUCGACUGUGAUCGUCUUCCUUUAUCUGUUGAAUGGAGUAACUUCAAACAGAGAGUUGCUAUCAUGCAGUUUUGAGACAUCUUGUGGGAUGGACCACACCACGAAUUCCCAGUUCUAUUGGCGGCGCGUCAGCGGGGCUACUCCCAAUGCGUACACGGGCCCCUCAAACGAUCACACUUUCGGAAACGGAAAUGGGCAGUACAUCUACGCCCCAUCCAGCGAGAAGUACUACGAAUUCGGCCGAAGGAGUACCCUUUACACUCCCUUGUACCGGCUGACCUCAGGGCGUGGCCGCAUUGAGUUCUACUAUCACAUGUAUGAUGGCCUCGGGACUGACGACAUGGGUAGUCUUGACGUGUAUGUGUGUGGGGACAGCUCGCCGGUGUGGACUAGGCGGAGGAAUCAGGGCAAUGAGUGGCGAUCGUCCGGUCAGGUGGACUUCACGUGUCAGAGAGAUUUCAGGGUGUACAUCAUCGCAUCUCGAGGGAAGUAUCAAAGCGACAUCGCCAUCGAUGAUCUUAUCAUCACAGACGUCUUUGAUGACCCAACUACACCUACCGUGACCACAGAGCCUCCCACCACUAAACCAACAACUCCAUCAACUACCACUCAACAGACAACCCCUUCAACCACCACGGCUCCUACAACCACCGCGCCAUCCACCACCACUCAACGAACAACUCCACAACCUCCGCCAACCAAUCCACCAACCAAUCCACCAACCAUGCCACCAACCAUGCCAUCAACUGCCGCACCAACCGUCCCAUACAAAAUUAUGCCAACUACUAGGGCUAAAACAAUCCCAUUAACAACGAAAGCCAUUUUGACCGGCGCUUGGACAAAGAGUCCCCAAGCAUCAACGGUGACAUCUGCAUCAAAAGACACAGCUGUUAGCUCAACAGUUACCAUGACAACGGCUUCCUCCUUAGAAACGGAAGUGGACAUUUCGGUUGUUCCUGACAACCCUUCGACUGUUGGUAUAAGCGUGGACUCAAACUUACAAAGCGGAUCAUCAUCCCCCUCCUUCGUUGGUCCCAUCGUGGUGGUGUGUAUAGCCCUGCUCUUGAUCGGCUUGACUCUUUGCCUUGCAUUUAAAAGGAAAAAGAGCACGCGCAAACCUGCUUCGAAGGCCGCCAAAGAGGUCACACGCGUCGACAACCCUUCCUACUGUGGCGAGGUAGACUCUCUUCCAACCGCCAAUAACAAAAAACGGGCAAACUACAGCUAUCAGGAGCUACUGCAGCAGCAGUCAUACAGCAGCAUCGAUGAAACUGGGCGGGAAAGUGAUGUGGAAUACCACACUCUUGAGAGCUCAGAUACGGCUGGUGCAGGCGGCGAUUGCUCAUACCAAGAGAUCGGGGAGAAGAACGCCCCCAGGCGUCGAGGGGAGUCGGCUCUGUAUACAGCCAUUCCCGAUCAGGGUGGUGUCACAAAUGAAUAUUCAUACACGUAUGCAAAUCGGGAUGGCAACGGCGGGUCGUCAUCAGCAGCAGGGAGAAGUGGGAUUGCGGGAAGGGCGCCCUCUGAAGGUAAUGAGCAAGAGUACGCGGCUAUACGCGAUCCGAACAGCACUGGGAACGAACAAGGGGCGGCUGGCUCUUACGGAAUGGUGGAAAACCAGUUGUACAUUCCCUUCAAAGAAUAAGAACAUGUUUACAUGUGAAUAACAAUAAUGAUCAUCAAGUUCAACUUUGUCCUAUCCAAUCGCUCCUCAAAUUUUGAAUUCUGACCAAUGAUGAUCUGUUUCGGCGUAGGUUUGUUUAAUUUUGCGCAUUAUAUAAAACUAAUAUGAUCUUUCUUUGCCAUAAAACUCUGCCAGUAGGGGCCUAUAUAAAUUAUGUGCGGUUAGGACGAACAUUGUUUUAAUUCGGGAAGAUUACAUAAUAUCAACAUUAUAAUUGAUGACCAAAUCUUAUUUUAUGCAAUACUCAUACCAUGUAUUUAUAGUACACAAAUGUACAGUCCAUAAUAUGAAAAGGAUGAUACCUUAAUGUCUUAUUGAAAUUACUCAAAGCAAUGGAGAUUAUUGUGCUUAAAGAGAAACAAUAAACGCAGUAAGCAUAAAAUUACUAUAGAAUGCGGUAUUAUAUGUUGUAUAGAAAAAACAAAAUGGACACUUAACCAACUUAUUAAAAUAGUCAUGCUUAGCUAGAUCAUUUGUCCUAAUUAUCAUAUAUGACUGUGUUAAAAAACCUUCAAUAUACAUGUAUAUUAUUUACAAUGUUAAUUUGAUAUUUAUGAUAUUGUAAGUUAAAUAAUACGAGAUGCAUACGAUUUACACGUUUAUAUCGAACACAGUGGUUUUGGUAUCAUAGGCUCCUGUCUAGUCCGAGGUGCAGUAAUCAUAGUUCAACUUAACAUACUAUACCACUAAUUAGUUUAUUGUUUGAAGAAAAAAAGAUAUUUAAAGUUAAAUUAAAGUCAA